ACGGUGGAUUUGUUGGCGUCAUUUAACAUCGGUGACCAGGCCAACGUUCACGUCACUCCGGGCAAGUGUGGACAGCUUCCGCUAGACGACGAGGCCUCCAGGAAGCAGCCGAUCCCGGACGAGCUCCGUCCCGGAUACGUUGUUCCACGGGGCCUUGAGAUGAAGAAGCUCCUCGCCGACCUCCUUCCAAAUACCGAUGCCUGGCGUUCAGAGAUGUCAGUGUUCUUCACUACGAGAGUGAAGCCCGGCAAUAAGGGCGAGCUGUUCACCAUCUACAGCUCGCAGGGUCGCGUUCUCCUCUCCGUUGGCAUCGACGGUCAGGUGGUUGUUUCUCACCAAGAGGCGGCCGCAGGCGUCCGGGCGGCCCGUGUUUCCGCAACUGGCAGUGCCAUCAGCUCAGAGAAACUCGGACCCUCCCUCGACGACGGACUAUGGCACCGUGUUGGACUAAAUUUCAAGGAUGGUCGUGUCCAACUUGCCGUUGACUGCAGAACGCCGGAAUCGUUCAAACUUUCCCUCCCCGUUGCGUUCAUCGACGAACGGAGCACGCUUAGCCUGCUCCCGAAUGGCUUUGAUGGUGUCAUCCAAGACCUGAUGUUUGUCCAGGGCGAUCGAAGCCUGGAACAGCAGUGCCUCAUUUACACUCCCGACUGUCCCACGGAUGGAGAUGAUGCCAUGCAGAAUGAUGAGGUAAUGAUAGUUGAAACCUCUGAAGAGGCCCUUGGUCAGACUGCUGUUCCAUUUUUCGUUUUGUUAAUUUACCAACUCUUUCAGGGCGAGCGAGGAGAACAAGGUGACCCUGGCGAACCAGGCGAAAAGGGUGAACCCGGCAAGCCAGGUCCACGCGGACCCGACGGAGAACCGGGUCCCGCCGGCCCGACCGGCUCCUUGUUUGUCGUUCCUCUGAACUUGGGUGUUGGCGGCGGCUCCCAGGCGCGUGCUGGCCACUUCCGGCAGAUACUUCAACAGCAUCUUGAAUCGCUAAGGGGUCCGCGCGGCCCCCGUGGUCUCACGGGUCCCACAGGUCCGGAUGGUCCCAUGGGUCCCCCAGGUCCUAAGGGCGAAACCGGUCCUCAGGGCGACACCGGCUUCCAGGGUCGGCGAGGUCCGAUGGGACCUGCUGGUCUCCCUGGACCAAGGGGUAAAACUGGUCGUGAUGGAGAUCGUGGUGAUCCAGGUCCUGCCGGUCCAAAGGGCCCAGACGGUCUCCCUGGAGACUCCGGGUUGAUGGGUCCCAAGGGCCCAAAGGGACCGCGCGGACCCGCGGGCCCCGUCGGCGAGACUGGGUCUCCAGGUGAAGAGGGUCCCCGUGGUCCUACUGGCGACGCCGGCGACCAGGGCGACAUGGGCCCCUACGGUCCUCGCGGUCCCCCCGGCAUGCAGGGUCCGCAUGGUCCCCGCGGCAAGACAGGAAGUCGUGGUCCCGUGGGCCUGCAAGGGGAGACUGGCGAACCCGGUCCAACUGGACUGCCCGGUCCCAUGGGACCACAAGGCCCAGCUGGGCCUGAGGGCCCUGCCGGUCCUAGAGGUGCCGUCGGCGCUCCCGGCCCCAACGGGAAGCAGGGACCCCCUGGAGCCACCGGACCCGAAGGUCGACCAGGUUAUCCGGGUCCGAAAGGUGAGGUCGGUUUGAAGGGAGACACUGGCCCGGAAGGCCAAAAGGGUGACCCCGGCCUUCCUGGUCCUCGGGGAGUCAAAGGCACUCGUGGUAUGGCUGGAGCGGUCGGCCCCAAGGGAGAUGCUGGCAAGCCUGGAGCUAUGGGUGUUCCAGGUGACCCCGGUCCGAAAGGUCUUAAGGGGAGCCGAGGUGUUCCAGGCACAAUGGGCCUUAUGGGACCACAGGGAGAAAAAGGUGAACCUGGUAAGCCCGGAGACCCAGGCCCUAGGGGAGACCGUGGUGUCCAGGGUCCAUCUGGUCUCAUGGGACCAGCAGGUCCCCAGGGCCUCCACGGAGACCCUGGUCCGGCUGGCCCACCAGGACCUCAAGGUCGUGAAGGUGAUAAGGGUGAAACAGGACCAAUUGGUCCUGCUGGAGCAGAUGGUGAACAAGGCCAACAUGGAGCACCAGGUCCUCGCGGUCUUCAAGGAAAGACUGGUCCGGCCGGUGAAAAGGGUGACCUUGGGGCCACUGGUCCUGCCGGUCCCCCUGGUCCCAUUGGAGAAAUGGGCUUCCAAGGUCAAUCAGGUCCUAGUGGCCUUCCUGGCCCGGCUGGUCCGAUUGGUCGACAAGGCCCCCAGGGUUUUCCCGGGCCACGAGGUGAGCCCGGUGAAAUCGGUCCCCCAGGUCCACGUGGACCGAUCGGAAUGACAGGUCCAGUUGGUCCAGCAGGUGAUACUGGUCCUGAAGGAGUUCCUGGCCCAGUUGGUCCUCGUGGUUCAGCUGGAGAUCCCGGCAAGGACGGCAAGGACGGCGCAAGGGGUGACAAAGGCCCAAAGGGCGAACGCGGCAACCGAGGCCCCGCCGGCCCGCGGGGUCCCCGUGGCUACACCGGACUCGACGGUCUGCCCGGCCCCGCCGGUCCAGAGGGCUUCAAGGGCGAGACCGGUCCUGACGGCGAGGUCGGACCGGCCGGUGCCAAAGGGUACCGUGGAGACUCCGGACCUAUUGGACAAGUCGGACCUCCUGGUCCGGCUGGGCCAAGAGGCGCUCCCGGCAGUCAAGGCGAAAAAGGCCCGAAAGGACCGGACGGCGUGAUGGGUCCAGUCGGUCCCCCCGGACUGCGGGGCUCUCGUGGCCGUUCAGGUCCCACUGGACCGAUCGGAGCGCCUGGAUUCGAUGGCGAAAAGGGCGAACGGGGAUCUCCGGGCCCACGGGGCAAGAAGGGCCCCGUUGGUGCGCAGGGAGUCCGAGGGAUUGCCGGACCCAUUGGAAGCACUGGAAUGCCGGGUAUUCAGGGACCCCCGGGAGCCCCUGGUCAGCCCGGAGAACAGGGACCCAUGGGCUUGAUAGGCCCUGAAGGCCUCACAGGUCCAGCUGGUCUAGCCGGUCCCAUGGGCAUGGAAGGCGUCCCGGGUCCUAUCGGGAAACGUGGACCAAAAGGCGACCGUGGACGUGAUGGCCCUCAAGGCAGCCCGGGAUCUCCAGGCCCCAUGGGAACCAUGGGUCUGACGGGACCUCCCGGCAACCCCGGGCCAGCUGGACCGGCAGGACCGGUCGGCGAUCCUGGGGAAAAGGGAGAACAGGGCCCACAGGGAACGCCCGGCUAUGAUGGACCUCCAGGGAAUCAGGGCCCACAGGGCAAGAAGGGACCUGACGGUCCACCUGGUCUUGUCGGACCACCUGGUGACCCAGGUAUGGAGGGUCCGAUGGGACCACAAGGUGCUAUGGGACCAAUGGGACCGCCAGGUCCCCAGGGCACCCGUGGUAUUCCGGGUGUAAGAGGCACUCCCGGACCAGUCGGCGAAGAUGGCGCUCCUGGCAACAACGGUCCCCAAGGCAAGGCCGGCUCCCGUGGUCCGCCUGGUCCACAGGGCCCCCAGGGACCCUCUGGACAAACCGGACCCCAAGGUUUACCGGGUGUUCGUGGCAGCAAGGGACCCAAAGGCGAGCCCGGACCGCAAGGACCACCUGGCGAGCCCGGAAUCAGGGGACCUGCCGGCAUAAAUGGACCACCAGGCCUCCGAGGACCGCCUGGGCCUCCUGGACCACAGGGUCCAAUGGGCGUCAAGGGACCCGAUGGUGAGGAAGGUCCUGAAGGCAAUGCUGGAACGACCGGCCCGGACGGGGAGAAGGGAGACCCCGGCCCCAAGGGCCCCAAGGGAAUGCACGGCCCGAUCGGACCCAUCGGACCUCCUGGACAAAGGGGAGAGCGUGGUCCGACUGGCGUGGAAGGCGAACGUGGACGCACCGGUCCCAAAGGAGCUCAAGGUCCUCCUGGACCUACGGGUAAUCCUGGUCCCCCUGGAGACCCCGGCAUGACAGGACCAGAGGGACCAAUGGGCGUUAGUGGACCUACUGGUCCAAGCGGUCCACGCGGUCCGAAGGGGAAAGUGGGGCCACCAGGUCCACCCGGACCCCCCGGUCCCGUAAAAAUUCUCGACCUCAACGCUGGCUACUUCAAGUUCGAACCCGCACGUACCAAGCGCAGCAUUGAUGACGAUGAUCUUUCCGACUUUAAGGACCCUGACGCUAAUUUAUUCCCGAACAAUGUGCCUGCCAUCGGUGCCGUUCUCCGACGGCUGUACGCUCGCAUUGAAAACCUCGAAUCUGCGGUGAAGUACUACAGGAAACCUGUGGGCACCCGUUCAUAUCCUGCUCGCCACUGUCGCGAGAUCAUGGAAGCCACCGACUCCCCGCACGGAGCAGUUUCAGGUGAAUAUUGGAUCGACCCCAACCUCGGCUCCAGCAAGGAUGCCUUCCUGGUGGAGUGCAGAUUUUCUGGCAAUGUUGCUAAGACUUGUGUACACGCAACUGCUGAGUCCAAGGCGCUCCGUUUAACCUCUCUGAAAAAGAGCAGUGGUGAAAGCAGCUGGUGGUUGUCGAAGCUUCUAGAAGAACAAGGCAACAGAACGCAGAAAUUGUUCUACGCUCCGCGCAACCAGUUGAACUUCCUACAACUGCUUCACCACAAGGCUGAACAGUCCAUCACGGCACUCUGCCGCGGCUCGGUUGUCUACUAUGAUAAUAAGAACAAAAAUUACAAUUCUGCCGCCAAUAUGCUACUCUUCAAUGGCAAAGUGAUCGACACACACCUCGAUCGUCGCGUCCGCGGCGAAGGUGGUUCUGUUCAGCUUGAGGUUAAUGUCAAGGACGAUUGUAUGGACCGUCCUCUUGCGGGAUCCACAGCCAGCUUUGACCUCGUAGCCAAGAAUCCCGAACUCCUACCCAUAUUGGAUUUGAAGAUGUUCGACUUUGGGGAGGAAAACCAACAACUUGGCUACUACCUCAACGAGGUGUGCUUCUCGUAG